UGAACGUAUAAAGUCGACCUUAUCUAACUUAUUCUUUCUAGCACAUAUAUGGGGUUGCAUCAUGGCUCAACCUUUAUGGUCAGAAUUGCAGUAAUUCGAUCAAAACUUGUGUUUUGGAACUGGGUGCUUCGUAAAAGAAAAGGUUUUUAUUUGGAAAGUGGACAAACCAACUUCACUUAGGAGUUCCCAUGUCAAUGGUCACUAUCUUUUCCAUCGUGUGAUUCCAAUUCAUAGCCAACAGUUGUCAUUUGUUGCAGUAAACAAUACAAUGGACUGAUGGAGUGGUUGCACUUCUUACGUAGUUGAUAGGGCUUCCAAAAGAACCUGCCGUGAGCUUUUUUAUCUUCAUAAUUCCCUUAACUCUGAAGCUUAAUUGUUGAAUAGCCUAUAAAAAACAAAAAACAAAGAAAGGAAAAGGAAGAUGAAGAGAAACGGAAGCUUGAUGAAUUUUCCCACUGAACAAGGAACAACAGCAACAUGAACAGUGGUUUUUUCCAUGAAUUCAAGAGACAAGCUUCCUUAUUCCUUACAGAGAAGAUAAAAACUGCCCGGUUGGCGCUUUCCUACGUUACACCUGCAGAACUAAUGACAGAAGAAGCGACAAUUGGAAAUGCAUGGCCACCGGACACACGUACUAUGAGAGUAAUAUCCAUUGCUGCCUUUGAAGUUGAUGACUUUUGGAGAAUUACGGAGAUUCUUCACAAGAGGUUCUUGAAAUUUGAUAGAAAGCAUUGGCGAGUUUCUUAUAAUGCUCUAAUUCUAUUGGAAUACCUUCUAACCCAUGGACCUCUGAGUGUUGCCAAGGAGUUUCAACGCGAUAAAGAUGUUAUUAAGGAGAUGGCAAGUUUUCAAUACGUGGACGAGAGAGGAUUCAACUGGGGCUUGAGUGUAAAAAACUUAUCUGAAAAGGUAUUGAAGCUUCUUGAAAGCGAAAAAUUGCACAAGGAAGAGAGGGCUAGAGCUUUCCAGCUAACGCAUAGGAUUGAACGGUUUGGGAGCUUCUGUCACGGGUCCUCUUCAGGAGAUGCAACCUUGGAAGACUCAUCUUUUAAAACGUAUGGGAGAUGUAAUUCUAACUAUAAUGAUCAUCAACAUCACGAAAUUGGGUUUCUGACCUCAAGCAAAAGUUUCUCAAUCGAGGAAGGGACUAGAAGAGCAAAAGAUACUCUACAAUAUAUCAACUCGGUGCUGACAAAGCGAGAAAAUGAUUCAGAGUCCCGGCCAGGUAUUGGAGAUGGAUAUACCAUAGAAGAUCAUCCACUUUGUUGCAAUGAAGAUCAGACUAUAGUACCUCUGCUGUUAGCAGAUGAAUGAGAGAACUCGGAUGAAUGUUGGCCAGUCGAAGAGCCCCCUCUCUUCUUACUUCUAAUCAGCAGCUCUUUUAGGAGUUAGUCUUUUUUAUUCUUGGCGAGAUCAUGUACACGUUAGAAUAACGAAAAUGUUGCCAAAAUUCUCUUCAAGAAAAAAAGAAUGUCUUUCAAUAUUUGGGGAAAAAAUG